AUGAACAUUGAGCUCUAUCCUGGAUACGAUGCUUUAAACUCUUACUUGAAGGAGAAUACAGUAUGGUCCUAUACUGAGUUUUUAAAUCUUCACAAAGACAUUAUCAUUUCCUCACCACCUUUUUUAGACGAUUGGAGUCUUCUUGACCUCACCUGGGCUCGUAGAUUUUUGAAGGAGGCAAAAGAACUGAAUUCUGACGAUUUAAUAACUUUAGAAGAAAAGGUAAAAAGACAACGUGGAAACAAAAAUUUACAGCCUUAUUGGGAAGAAAUAAUUUAUGAGCGGGGAAAGAUGGCAGUAAAACGAGCACAUCUCAUUGGUAGUACUAAUAUAUAUCGUGAAGUUGCAGAUAAUAAUGCCCAAGAAAUUAUAUCUGAAGGCUUUUCCAAUGUUUUUGUCGAAAAUCCUCUUGAGAAUGAUUCUAUAAAUAAACUCAAAAGAAAGUCUCAAAAACAAGCUCCACCUGCUAAGAAAACACACAUCUUGAAAUGGAAGUUUUUGAAUGAUGAAAAAGCCAUUGCUGAUGAAUGGAUUAUUAAUGAUCAUAGUAUAACAAAAUCGUUUUUAGACUUUAAGAAUAUGGCUAUCUCUUUGGCUAAUGAGGACUUCUGUCAUGAAUGUGCUGAUAUCAGCAGAGAAAAUGAUAAAGACAAGUUUGAAGAUUCAGUAGAGCAGUUGUAUUAUAAACUUAAAUCGGAAUUGGAUGAUCCUGAUAAAAAAUUGUUAAGAAAAUGCCAGAAUGUGUGGAAACAUCUUAGUGAGAAUUGGAAAACUUCAUUUGAUGGCAAUAAAACAAUAGAAGAUACUCAUGUUCACAAGCUAUUGCAUCCACUUUUAAAGCCAUUCUUCACUCUUGAACAAGGACGUGAUAUUAACUGGGCAAACAAGAUGUCAAUGUCAAGUGCUGAACGAAAAUCUAAUGAGGAAGGUGAUGGACAUAAGCCAGAUUUCAUGAUCUCUGUAGAUAUCAACAGUGGAACUGAUAAAUUUGAAAUAUUAUAUGGAUUAUUUAAGGAUACG